UUUUUUUGUAUGAGGGUUAGAACGCAUGACCUUGUGCUUGGCAGAUGCUGUGCCACUGAGCUGUAUCCCCAGCCCGAUCAAUUUGUAAAUAUCUCCUCUUCCUCUUUAAUUAGUGUGGUUAGUGUAUUUUUCCCCUACAUUAAAAAAUGACACAAGUUAUUUAUAAUUAGGAAAUAUUUACAUUCUAUCCAUUGAAAUACAAGAUUGCUUUCUAGUUUAGUUUGAAUUUAGUUACUGUAUUUUGCUUAAAGAAUCGUUCAUAUUCUUAAGGGACUGUAGUAUAUGUUAUUCCUAGGUUGGUAUUUUAAAACCGUUUCUUAAAGUAUUUCUUUGAGUUGUGUGUGUAAUUUAGUUUCUGGGACACAUGUACUAAGUAAUUCAAUUCUAGCAUCUCCAACAUCACUUUUUUUUUGUUCAUCCUUAAAUGUAGGAGCCCUGAAGUCUUAAUCUGGGAUGGAGUUAACUUUUUGCAUCUUCUAUGGAACAGCGUUGUGUUUAGGCAUUUAGUAAUCCUUGUUGCUCAUUUGUUGGUAGGGACUUCACAAACAAUGGGACAUAUUUUAUUAAUCUAUAUAUGCCCAUUGUAGUGGGCACUCUGUAAAUGCUUGUGGUCUUUCUGGUAGCAGAGUGCCAGAAAGUCUUGAAUCAUGAUGUAGUUAACUUGAAAUAGCAUGUGUUCUUUUUAUGUUCAACUAGAUACCGAUAGGCAUAAUUCUACUAUUAAAACAGAACAGAUAACAGAUACUUUUUAAAAAGUUGGGAGAAGAAACUUAACAUGAAUUUUGUUCUCUAACAUUUGUUAGUCACUAUGACAUUGGGAAAGGACAUCAUUAUUUAAAUUCAGUGGAGAACAGUACAAAGUUUCUACUGAAACAAACUUUGAUAACAGUGAUUUGAAUGACCCUCAAUUGUUAUUAUAGGCCACUUUUUUUUGUGUGUGUGUAACUGGGAACUGAACCUAGAGCCUUUUCACUGAGCUGUAUUCCCAGCCCUUUAUUUUGAGACAGUUACUGAGUCUCUAAGCUAAGUCACUAAGUUGUCCAAGUGGGGCUAACUUGUGAUUCUCCCUUAGUCUUUCAGAGUGGCAGGAUUACAGGCAUAUACUGUGUUUUUAGAGCGUUGGUUUCAUUUUAUAAGCAUUGAUUUUUUUUUUUGUUUUUUGUUGCAUGUCGUCCUUUGUAAGGAGUGUAACUUUUCGAGUUCAGACUGUUUUUGGCCAGUUAUCGUGAAAUGAUGUUUUAAACAGUUUUAAAAUGAUAAUGGUAUAGUUCAUUUUGGUGACAAUUAAAAGGUAAAACAGUGGAUUUUCUUUCUGUUAGGCUUAUUCUUACCUCUUCUUUCUUUAGUAGCUUGCAGGGUUGUGUUUAUUUAGAAAAAAAAAAAAAAACUGAAGAAAAAUUUCAAGCAUUUUUUUGGAAAGUACAGCUACUUUAUCAUUUGAAGAGUGUUGCUAAACUGGGCCUAGCAAAUGCAGGUCCAGUUCCAUAGUGAUUCUUACGUGAACACGGGGAGUGGUGUGAAUUUUCAUUUGGUCAGGUGUCAUUAUAUGUUCCUGUACUAUGGUAAUUUCCUGUCUUUCUUUCUAGACUGUGUGUACCACACUAUGGUUAUACUAUGUAUAGCCUUUAUGGGGACAUCUUUGGAGUUCUUUUUUUCCUGCUGAGACUAUUACUGAAAACAAAUGUACAGUCAUUCUUCAAGAAGACUGCAGGGAAAAACACAUUUUCUUCUUGUCGCAGAAGUUGUGAUAGAAGUUUGAAUCUAGCAAUGAGUAUCCUCAUCAUUGAGGCAUUCUAUGGAGGCUCACAUAAAGAGCUGGUGGAUCUGCUCCAAAAUGAGUUACAAAACUGUGUCCUUUAUACCCUUCCUGCAAAGAAAUGGCAUUGGAGAGCGCGGACAGCAGCUUUGUAUUUCUCUCAGAAUAUUCCCAUCAGUGAGCAUUACAGGGUCCUCUUUGCAAGCUCAGUGCUUAACCUGACUGAACUGGUUGCACUUCGGCCUGACCUUGGGAAACUGAAAAAGAUUCUGUACUUCCAUGAAAACCAAUUGGUAUAUCCUGUCAAGAAGUAUCAGGAGAGGGAUUUUCAAUAUGGAUACAACCAAAUUCUUUCAUGCUUGGUGGCUGAUGUAGUUGUAUUCAACUCAGUUUUUAAUAUGGAGUCCUUUCUCACUUCUAUUGGGAAAUUUAUGAAGCUGAUUCCUGAUCACAGACCCAAGGAUCUGGAAAGCAUCAUCAGACCCAAGUGCCAAGUUAUUUACUUUCCCAUCAUGUUUCCUGAUGUGAGCAGAUUCAUGCCUGAGCACAAAAUAACCCAUUUAAAGAAGAUGCUCAGCCUUAAAGGAAAUGGCAGUCCUGCUCUAUCCAUGGCCCUUCCUUCGCAACCAGAGCAGAGAACUCCUGAGGAUUUAUUGGAGAAUUUUAAUAUAGUGUACAAUGUACACUCUGAUCUUCAUACUGCACAAGAAAACCUGGAUAACUCAUCAAUUCAAGGAUCAGACUUGAAACAUACAAACUCAUCAGAUAAUUCAAGAUUUCUUCAUGGAGAAAAUACACAUCUGACUCUUAGUUCCUUUGACAGUUUGGGUGGAGUCGAUGAUCAGCAAAGACCGUUGCACAUUGUCUGGCCUCACAGGUGGGAGCAUGACAAAGAUCCAGAGAGUUUUUUUAAGGUAUUAAUGCAUCUAAAGAACUUAGGACUCGAUUUCCACGUCUCUGUCCUUGGUGAAACUUUUACAGAUGUUCCAGGUUGGAAGCUGUGUACUGUGGUUGUUACCCACUUUGUCCCAAAGAUUUGGUUUAUCCUGAAAUAUUUCCAGCUGAAUAUCUGUAUUCUACACCUGAACAGCUUUCAAAAAAGCUCCAGAAUUUCUGCAAGAGACCAGAUAUUAUAAGAAAACAUCUCUAUAAGAUGAACAAGGAUCUGUUUUGCAAAUGUUUGUAAGAUAUUAUGACAUUUCCAAGAAUUUCUUUGCAUUCUGGAAGGCAGAAGGUAAACAUUUGUAGUCAUUAAGGUAAAGUCUGUUGAUAAACCAUCUUCUGUUUACUGACAGGUAAAUUGUAACUUUCCUAGCUCUUCAAAUGAGUAAGUUCUCUACACUACAGAGCGAGUAUCAGCCAGAGAGAGGUGGAUAGAUAAUGCCAAGUCUGGCUCCCAGGCUUUUAGAGGACUAAGUGGUCUAGCAAGUGUUGAAGAUGGAAUGGGCAGUGAUGCUUCAGUCCAAUGGGACCCAUUUGAGAUCCAACACAAUCAAAAGCAGAAACUAGACAAAGAUGAGGGAGCUGAUGGGAUAGAGGUCUUGCAGAUUAAAGCAAGCAGGCUUCAAAAUUCAUGAGAUCUGGGAAUUUUAAAGCAAAGGGAUGAAAAAGCAGAAACAAUUCCGUUACUUUUUCCCCCAUCCAAUAGGAGAUCCAUAGUAUACAAUGGGCUUUCUAAUCUUUGCUUAUUGAGAAAUCAAUGAAAAAAUUAUCUCUUCUCACUCAUACAACAAAGGGCUUGGGAACUAUCUCAAAAUCACUUCCUGUCCAAAUCUAUGGAGCUUGGGAUCUGCCAGGGGUGUACCAUUUGAGAGCAGAACUAAGAUAUGAGUAUGGAUAAAAUGUUCAUAGACAACUUCUUUUGGGCAAGGUUGUACUUUAUAUCCUCUAAUACAAUAAACCAGUCAGAAAUGUGCUGUAUCAUAAAAGACACUUCUCAAAAUUAUGUAAAUAUCACAGCCAAAAAAUGGUAUUCAAUUUUUACUAUUUUUCUACCCUGAAAAUAGUGGGCUCAUAUUUAUGGUGGAUAAGAUCUUAUAUGUGCAACAACUACCCAUAUGUUUUCUCCCUAACUGAUGAACAGAAGUCCAUUAAAUGUCUUUCAGAGGCUACAUCCAAAACAUUUAAUUUUUUCUGAUUUUGGCAAAUAUUGAAAGUUUCCUUUGUAUGAGUUUUUUCUUAUACCCAUAUUCAAAUAGAUUUUUGUUUUCAGCUGUGUCCAUCACUGCAUCCAGGUAAAAACUUUCUUGAAAUUUAUUGAAGUGACAGAUUUGGGAUUAGUGGAUCCAAGCAAUAAAAAACAAAGCAUUAAUUCUAAACAUUUAAAAAGAUACAACCAUAUCUCUUGUGCAUAUGUAUCCAUAGAUCUCUCAAUACCCAUGACAUGGUGGAAAGAGAUGUUAAUAAGUUACCCAAUCUUUUGCUGAAGUGAGUGGAUAACUGGAAAUAUAGUCAGGAGAAAUCAAACACCAACAUUAUUUUUUGUUUUUAGUAUUUUUUGAAAUUUUUUGUUUUUUAAACACAGCUCUUGUUCUUUCAAAAAAUCAUUAAAUAGAAUAAAGAAGAGGCAGUGUUGAAAGUACAACACAAAGACAGAAAGGUGUCAUGGUGAUGUGUUUUUGAAAAUAGUACUUUCACCUUAAGGCAUCUUUCAGUUAUGCUAUGUUUUUACACAGUUUGAGUCAGUUCUCAGUGGUUCCUAUGCUGAGGGCUUGGUCCACAGUAUGUUGAUAUAAAAGGUGGUAGAAACUUUAAGAGUAGGGGCUUAGUUUUUAAGUCAUCACCUUGGGAAAGAUUAAUGCUGAUCUUUCAAAGAGAUCACUAGAGCAGAUUGUCAUAAAGUAAGGCUCUCUUUCAUGCUGCCAGUUUCACUUCCUGUUUCUCGGCCAUAUUGUGACCCAGCCGAGAAGAACCUCACCAGAAGCCAAACACAGGAAACUGCCUGCUCAUGCACUUUCAUCCUCUGAAACUGUGAGCUAAGUCUUUUUCUUUUCUUGUCUUGUCUUUUUUCUUUCUUUCUUUCUUUCUUUCUUUCUUUUUGUAUAGUGUAAAAGAAAAAAAAAAUCAUUAAACAAAUUUAAUUUUGGAUAGAGUGGUACCUCGAUUCUUGAAGUUAAUUCUUUCCACAAUUCUGGCAGCAAACCAAAUUGGACAAGAACCAAAUCAAAUUCAGUGGUUAGGUUCAAUGUUGACAUAUGGGGAAAUUUGACUCGGUUCUCAUCCAAUUCGGUUUGCAACCAGUAUCAUGGAAAGAAUUAAGUUCGUGAACCAAGGUCCCACUGUAGCUAUAGAAUUCUGACUGUUAUGAAGACUUUCAUGCAGUGUCUAGAAUGUUUGCACUAAACCUAUUUAUUUUUGCUAUGUUCUUAACCUUUUGCUUCAUUGAUUAGGAAAGCAUUAAGAUCCUUUUCAAGAUGUUCCUGGUUUAAUACACAUCCUUCAAAUGCAGUUAAAUUUAAAUGUCUGCUCUUACUCUCAGUUUUUCAAUUAUGCCACAUAAAUAUGGUAAUAGAAUACAUCAUCAUUGGGAACCCUUAGCCAUCAGGGGCUGCAGAGAUUAAUUUCAAUACCUUGAAAUGCAUCUGGAAGCAAAAAUUUCAUUUUAUAUUGAAGGUGUUAAUUAUGUUUGGUAUUUUUAAAAGUAAAAUCUGUUUUUGAGAAAGCAUCUGCUACCCAGAAAUAUUAUGAAAUACAAAAAAAAAUUUCAUGUAAGUCUCAGAUAGUUUCCAUGGGUAAUAGAAUCAGUCUUUAAAUUAUGGUUCAUGUUAUCCUGUUUGUUUGUUUGUAUGUAUUUGUGUUUGUGUUUGUUUUGGGGUUUUUCUUCAUUUUGAGACAGGACCCAGCUAUACAGUCCAAACUGGCCUAUAAUUCAUUAUAUAAUCAAUGAAGGCCUCAAACUUUCUAUCCUCCUGCCUCAGCCUCUUGGGUGCUGGAAUUACAAGCAUGUGCCACCAAGCCAGCCAUACAGUCCUUUAAUGUGAGCAUAAUUCUGUGAUUCUUACUCAGCAGACUUUUGAAAAGCAUUACCUAACUGCUUUUCUGUUUUGAUGAAAAAACAGGCAAUAUUUGUUAUCAGAUCUUACAUUUAACAAAAAAGAUAGUAUAAGUUACUGUCAUAAACCUGUUGCAGUUUAAAGUCUAGAUUGAGAUAUGGGACAACCAAUGUUUCUAUAAUAAACCCUCUCUUCAAAAAUUACUCAUUAAAAGAUAACCUGGAAAGUUUUAAAACAUGCAAGCAAUUCUACCUGCUCCUCAAAGGUAUGUAUAUAGGCUAUUAAAGUAUUAUAAACUUAGACAGGCUUGAUGGUACACACCUGUAAUGCCAGCACUUGGUAGGCUGAGGCAAGAGAAUUGUCACAAGUUUGAGGCUCGUCUCGAUUACAUAGUGAGCUAAAGGCCAGCCUGCACUACAAAACAAGCCCCGUCUCUAAAUAAAUAAAUAAAAAUAAUAAAGAUUAUUAACCAAAGAUAGGAAUUAACGUGGAAUUUUAAAGAAUGAGUAUUUCAGAUGAGUGAUGGUGGAAAAACCAGGUUAUCAGUAGGGGAGAGACAUUCACUUACAAUAGGCAUUUUAUUUCUUACACUAAGUCAUUGUACAUAGAGACUUACUGAUAUUUUAUGGAUUUGUGUGUGUGUGUGUGUGUGUGUGUGUGUGCGUGUGUGUGUUAGCUGUUACUAUUGCAUAGACCUUUUCAAGAGGAGUUACAAAUACUUUGGGAAGCAUAAGGGUAAUUUUGUUACCUGGUCAUCCUCUGCAUUUGUUGGCUUCCUGAACUACCAAUCAAGUCAGAAAGCCAUUUGCUUCUGACAGUGACAGAGCCAUUCUAACUGACAAUACUUCCCCACAUGACGGAAUCCAAGGACUUCACCUCAAACUGGAUGACAUACUUUGGAGAGUGUCAGACUUGACUGUCUAUAGGCUCCUUUUUGAGGGGUUCCAAUGCCUGUGGCAUUACAAAUGCAAGACGUAACACUAGAGCUCUACAGAUUUCUUUUAAAGGGUAGUGAGAGCAGAAUAAAUGCAAAUGUUAAACGAACCCAGUUUUUAAUCUCGAAAAAUUCAGAGCUGCGUGGUAGAGCACACGAGCUCUCAGCUCCUACCAUCCUGCCCAUUUCGAUCAUUACUGUCCCCUUUCCUCAAGACUCGGGUAAACUGUGUCCUGUCUUGCCACUCUCUUGGAAGGGGAUCCUUCACUAGGGUCUUUAAGAUGCUCUUAUCAAACAUGAGGCACAUACAGCUUCAGGGGCCAGCAUCCUCACUUACAUUGCCCAUUUUCCUAAAUUGGAAUUUGGGAUCAGUUUCUUCAGGGCUCCUCAAAUUAUCUAUCAUUACCUAGGUGAUUCCUUAUUGUUUCCACAGCUCUGUGAUUAUGAUUUUCAACUCUUAGUUUGAAUAGUAGACUAAAGUCUACACUGGAACAUGUGACUCCUAGUAGGAAUAUAUACUAGUGUAUCUUUUCUCUGGAAAUGUAAAGUUCUUUGCAUAUGCAAAUGUAUAUUCACCAAUAAGAGAAUCGAGGCACUGUAUCGUGACAUAUUUAGAAGCCAGAGCAUGCUAGAAAAACAAAGCCUUUCCUGCAUCGGAUGUUGUAGUUGUCACCUCAGGACCUUUCAGGAAGCGUAAGUUCUGUGUACCUGAUUCCCCUGGACUCCUAGUUCUCUCGUUUUUCUCUUCCCACCAGGCAAAAGAUGACAAAAGGCAGCAGACACUGCAGCCUACACUGUUAGUAUUGAAAGGGACAUGAAAGAUUAUACAGUAUGGCCAGUAUUUUAAGUGUUUUCAGCAUAACUGUUGCUCCACUUGUAGGGAAGCAUCCAGGCUGCAUCCCCUGUGACAUGCCCACCUCUCCUGUGGUCUUGCACUAUGUUGGAUUAAAAUACUUGGCUGACUCCUCUGGCCUUCCUGGUAACCAUUUGUUUUUGUGACCUCCAUUUCAGAUACAUGGAGAGUAAGGGCAUGAGGUGAAGUUGACUUCCGCUAGGUCCUGUGGCAGUGGAGGCAGGUCUGAAACUCAAACUUCUCGAAGCUCUUUUCUGUAGGUGAUAGUUUCACUGGUGAGGAGCAGCCCUUAAAGAAGGAGGGAAAAACAUUUGUUUCUGUAAUUCCCCAUCUUUGCUCCUUCUACCAUUCACUAUCAGAAGCAGCAUGGAUUAAUAAGUUGCUAAUUCCUUAUCAUAAAUUUAUUUCAUGUUUCUCUUGGCCCUAUUUAUGCUCUAGAUGACCAUAAAGAGAGCAAUAGAAAAGAAGUGAUUUCUGGUACUGGAAUUUCCAGCUCUGGCACCUUUAAUAUUUCUGAAAAAAUGACUCCAUGUCACCUUUAAAAUCAUGUAAUGAUGAAGCUGCUCAUCCACAUAGCUGCAAGACUGCAAAAGACAGCCCAGUGCUGUCACCUGGUGCAAAAGGCUGAAGAGCAGAAGGAGCAGGUGGUGACAGCAGCCGCACCUUGCACUGUGCAGUGCUGGGCCUGCUUCCUCUCAUCCCUAAUACAUAACCAGAAAUUACAUCCUGAAACUUAUUUCCCCGGGAAGAAAAGGAAGGGGAGGGAUAGCUUUAAAAGAAGAUACUUCUGAUAUGGUAUUAGACUGUAAUUCAUAGGGAAAUUUAUGCUUGAGAUAUGAAUUUCUGGAAAUAGAGUUAUUUAAAGGAAAACACUGACACAUCCUUAAUUAUAGAGUAAUAAAUACCAAUGGUAUAUUAUCUUCUGAUAUUUCCUUACUCAGAUAUCAAAGCAUGCAGCUGUUUUUGAAAACUGAUAAUCAAGUACAAUAUAAGUAUAUUACAUCUUGUACUUACAACACACCCUCCAACUAAGCAGCAUCAUGGCGCACUUAACAGUGAGAAACAGAGCUUUUCAUAGAAGAAACCUAACUAAACAAAUUAGCUUUGAAUUUGUAACUUAAGAAUCACAGUCAAAGCAAGAUGCCUGUCCUUGCCAGGAAAGGCAUUCCAAAGGCAGGGAGCACACCAAGUGAAAAGCCUUUACUUUGGGAUUACAGAGGCAUCUCUGAAAGCCAGCAUAACUUAACAAUCAAUCAGGAAAAUAUAGAGCAGUAACUGUAUCACUGAAGUAUACGUAAAACUGUACAAAGCAUUAAUGGUGGAAUGGGGAGGUAGGAUGAAUUUUAUCAGAAAGUAUUAAGCUUUUAGAAAGCUUCAUUUAUUGCCUUCACUCAAGGCAGUAGAGAGAAACAUGGUCAAAGAAAAGUAUGUGGACAGAUGUGGGGGGUAGAAAAGGAAAUGAAGGUUAAACAAGGCCAAUAUGAUUCAGAAUAAAAAGGGAGGGAAGUAUAAGGAGCCAGCUGCAAUUACUAAAUGUUACAUUAAGAAGGGCCCAAAUGGAGAGGGGGAGUUCUGAGUAUUUUACUAAGUGGAUUAAUGUUCUCUUCCUUGGUGUCUGAAGUUGCAGAUUUUAAUUUAUUUUUUGCAGGGAUUUAUUGUGAAACUCUUAGUGGGGGGGGGGAUGAAUAGGGACAGUUACACUUAGAAAGUAGAAAAAACUAUAAUGCCUUCUGUCAACUGAAUUAUAAUUAACAGGAUUUGACACUAUGAAAAAGGUAGUCAAAUGUUUAGUCAAUGAGAAUAAGGAGAAAUAAGAGGUAUAUUCAAAAACUAAGCAGACUCCAGAAGUCCCACAUACAUGUGUGAAGCCAAAGACUUUGAAUGAUUUAGGAGCUCAUUUUAUUGCCAUUCUUCUUUCUCUGCCCAUUUAAAAAAAUAAAUCAUAACUCUGGCAUUUAGACGCCUAGUCAUGAACAUCAUUUAUUAAUAUAAACUAAACUCUGUGCUGCUCUUCGGUGGGUGGUAAAAACACAAACUAACAACAACUGGCCUAAAUCAACUGAAACAGGAUGAUCCUCUCAAACACAGGCAAGCUAUAAGAAAAAUUCCUAAUUUGCUCUUUUACAUUAUUUAUGUUACUGAAGGAUAAAGCCAAAAAGUGGAGAGAAAGUGGCUAAAUCAUAGAAGGGCUCGAUGCCUAAAAGGAAAUUUUUUUAAGGUUUCCUAAAUAUGUAUCAUAAGAGGGGAGAGGAUUGAAAACUUGUGUAAUUUACAUCAUUUUGUGGAUCUGUUCAUCUACUUCCUGGAAAGGUCAGAAAGAAGAAAGGCUUUCUGCCUUCAACCAUGGAGGAAACUUCAUGGUGUUCCUAUUGAGGGUGCCCUGGGACUGUCAUCUGGUUGGCAACCAGUGCACAUAUACAUUGGUUCAGGCAUUAGGCCAAAAUUAGGAUCAUUUAAAUUGAAAAUAUGGAUCUUAAGGUAUUUAAGAAUUAUUGAUAUGCAGUUAUUAAUCUUGAAGGCAAGUAGUAUUAUUUGGGGUGUGGGCAAAUCACUUAACUGGAACCACAUGAAAAAGCACUUGGAAAAAAAUUUUUCCCAAAGUGCUGCAAGGAAAAUGACAUUGGUGGGAGGGGGGGCACUACAAAUAAAAAAUGGAAAGACAACCUCUCUUGCAAAGACUGGUAAAGUGACUGAGUGGGAGGGCCUUGUUACCUUCAACCCGGUUCAUGGUUGUCUGUGAAAGUAAACAGAUUGCUAACAAAGAGACAAACACUUCUUUUUCUAAAGCUGACCCUGCAACCAGAGGGAAAAAUUGUGUAAGGGUGCUCCUGUGUGUGGCACUCAGGUCGGCUCUCUGAUUUUAACGUUGGUAGUUCGGCAUGGAAUUAGAGGUUUGUAAUUGUCAGCUGGUGGCCUUUGGGGAUUCUGCACACUUCUCCACUUUUCAUGCAGAAUUCAGGACAUCUUGGUGUGAAUCCUGUGCCUUAAAUCCCAGGAUGAGGUAGAAAUCAUUUUGAGAUCCUAAUUAAUUAAAAGGAAAGAAAUCAAAGCAGACAUCUCUCCGUUUUCGUUUGAGUCGCGGAGUCAUGGAGGGGGAUUUGGACUGUCUGAUUCUUGCAGCUAUGUUCCCUGGCUUUCACUUGGUUUGGCUUCUCCCCCACGCCCCAUUUCUAAUGCUGUGAUUCCAGGCCAAUAAAAUGGAAUCUGCAAAAUUGCAAAACAAA